CACAUCUAUAAAACCGACAUUGCACUGGACAGAGCAGCGAAGCCAGUGAAUCGCAGAUCGUUGACGUACAGCAGCAGAAGCGGAAGGUACUAUCAGAAACCUCCACCAAUGAGCAUCGCUGCACCGGAUAGACAAUCCGCCGGGUCGUCGCUAGCUAGGAUAGCCAUCGACCGAGGUGGAACCUUCACCGAUGCGAUAUGUUCCAGACCAGGCGAAGAGGAUAUUGUCAUCAAGCUGCUCUCGGUCGAUCCUCAAAAUUACAAAGAUGCUCCGACAGAAGCGAUCCGACGCAUAUUGUCCCUCCUGGAUCCCGAAUCGAAGCCAAUACCGAAGGAUCAGCCAUUAUCCCUUGAUCGCGUGGAAUCCAUUCGGAUGGGCACAACGGUAUCGACCAAUGCAUUGCUUGAGCGAAAAGGAGAAAAAUGUGCGCUCAUCACGAGUAAAGGUUGGGGAGACGUCUUGUUAAUAGGGAUGCAGGCACGACCGGAUAUCUUUGACUUGAGUGUUCGUAAGCUCUCAUUCCUGUACGACGAAGUCGUCGAGAUCGAUGAACGUAUAACGCCAUAUCAAUCCCUCGUUUCACCCAAAAUCUCCCUUCCAGAGCACGAUGACUCUGUCAUCACACAAACGACGACUGGCGAGCCUAUCCGUAUCCUCCGCCGUCCAGACCGGGAGACUGUGUCUCGUCAGCUGGACGAGUUGAAAGCGAAAGGAAUCAACAGCAUAGCCGUGGCAUUUGUGCACUCGUACUUGUGGAGCGAUCACGAAGAUAUGGUAGCGUCUCUAGCCAAGGAAAAGGGAUUCGCGGUCAGCGUCAGCAGUGAAUUACAGCCAAUGAUCAAGCUCGUCGCUCGGGCGAACUCUUCCAUUGCGGACUCUUAUCUUACCCCAGUGACUCGACGAUAUAUAGAGAGCUUUGGAGCAGGGUUCGAAGGAGGUAUCGAGGCAUUUGGCUCAAAAUUGCUGUUCAUGCAAUCGGAUGGAGGCUUAUGUAAAUGGAACAACUUCUCAGGUCUCAGGGCAAUCCUCAGUGGUCCUGCUGGCGGAGUUGUGGGAUAUUCCAAGACGUGCUACGAUCCUCAGCGCGGUAGUCCACUUAUCGCAGUAGACAUGGGAGGAACAAGUACGGACGUAUCGAGGUAUGCUGGCAAGCUGGAGCACGUCUUUGAGACUACGACAGCGGAAGUCAUCAUUCAGGCGCCACAACUGGAUAUCAAUACUGUCGCUGCGGGUGGUGGGAGCCGGCUCUUCUACCGUCACGGCAUGUUCGUCGUAGGACCAGAGUCUGCCACUGCUCACCCUGGGCCUGCGUGUUAUCGAAAAGGGGGACCGUUGGCAGUCACUGACGCGAAUCUGAUACUAGGUAGACUACUGCCGGAGCAUUUCCCGAAGAUCUUCGGUCCCAACGAGAAUGAAGGUCUCGACAUUCAAGCGAGCAAGACACUGUUUGAGGAAAUGACGACCGAAAUCAAUGAGGGCAAGGCAGAACAGCUCAGUAUUGAGCAAGUGGCGGCUGGUUUCCUGAGAAUCGCGAACGAGGCCAUGUGCCGACCGAUCAGAACACUGACCGAAGCUCGCGGGUUCGAAUGCUCGUCGCAUCACUUGGUCAUGUUUGGAGGCGCUGGGGGGCAACACGCCUGCAGCAUCGCCAAUACACUCGGGAUCAAGCGAAUCAUUGUCCCUCGAUUAUCCUCUCUACUGUCAGCGUACGGUAUGGCGUUGGCCGACGUUGUUCGCGAAGCGACGGAACCGGCUGCCUUUACAGUCACAAACAACAGGGACAAUAAAGAGAUCUCGCGUCGGAUGAAACUGCUGGUGCAAAAAGCUGAGAAAGACCUUGAGGGACAAGGCUUCCCAAAGGAUAGAAUCAGAUCCGAGACGUACCUCAAUUGCCGUUACAGCGGAACGUCGACCCAAUUGAUGAUCGAGUCUCCAAAAGAUGGGAACUACGAAUCGAGAUUCUUUGAAGAACACAAGAGAGAGUUUGGGUUCAAUCUUGAAAAGAGAGACAUCCUGGUGGACGAUCUACGGGUGAGGGCAGUUGGAAAGAGUAUAGGCGCAGAGACGAGAAGUCCGUACGAGGAUUUUGAAAACUGCGAGAAGAAGGAGUUUGGAGGGGAAGUGGAGCAGAAACAAGUUUACUUUGAUUCGAGUGGAUGGGUCGAUACGGCCGUGGUUCCGCUUUCAAAGCUCAGUCCUGGAGAUCAAGUCAGGGGUCCCGCUGUCAUCUUUGACAAGACACAGACCAUCCUCGUCGAGCCAUCUCAUUUGGCUACAUCUCUUCCUGAACACGUAGUCAUCGAUCUCGUUGAGGAGAAAGCGGCGCAGCACAAAACGGAUACGAGCGACUACGAUUAUGUGGAUCCCGUCCAGCUGUCAGUCUAUGGUCAUCGUCUGAUGGGCAUAGCGGAGCAGAUGGGCGACAUUCUGAGAAAGAUCUCCAUCUCCUUAAACAUCAAAGAACGGCUCGACUACUCUUGCGCCAUUUUCGCCGCGGAUGGAGGCCUUGUUGCGAACGCGCCUCAUAUCCCUGUCCAUCUCGGUGCCAUGUCCCACGCUGUUCGGUAUCAAGCGCAAAUUUUGGGCCACGAAUUAGAAGAAGGCGAUGUCUUGCUUUCGAAUCAUCCCGCGGCGGGCGGAUCGCACCUACCGGAUUUGACGGUCAUCAUGCCUGCUUUCCAUGAUGGCAGGAUCAUUUUCUGGACAGCUGCAAGGGCCCAUCACGCAGACAUUGGAGGUAUUCGACCUGGUUCCAUGCCUCCCUUCUCCAAAGAGCUCUGGGAAGAGGGGGCUCAAGUCAAGUCCUUCAAGUUGGUCAAAAGGGGUCAAUUCGACGAAAAGGGGGUCAUCAAGAUUCUAUCGGAGGAUCCUGCCCAGUAUCCCGGUUGUUCGGGAACGCGGACCUUAUCAGACAAUCUUUCCGAUCUCCACGCCCAGGUCGCUGCUUGCCACCGUGGAGUCGUACUCAUCAACACGCUUGUCAAUGAGCAAUCCUUCAAAGUCGUCGACUUUUACAUGCACGCCAUCAUGCUCACGGCUGAGCGGGCGGUCAGAGACCUUCUGCGACAUAUACAUAAGAAGUUUGGAGGCGAAAGCCUGCAAGCUGUCGAUUGGCUAGACGACGGAACGCAAUUAGCGCUCAAAUUGGAUAUAGAUCCCGCAAGUGGAGAUGCCGUGUUUGACUUUACAGGCACAUCACCGCAAAUUCAUGGCAACUUCAACACACCUACGGCUGUUGUCUACUCUGCCAUCAUCUACGUUCUACGUUCCCUCAUCGUUUCUGAUCUUCCGCUCAAUCAAGGAUGCUUGGCACCUAUCAAGCUCGUCGUGCCUCCCGACUCGCUCCUCGCACCUACAGACGAAGUGGCUGUGUGUGCCGGAAAUACAGAGGCAUCACAACGCGUUACGGACGUCAUUUUUAAGGCUUUCCAGGCUUGUGCAGCGUCACAAGGAGGGUGUAACAAUUUGACGUUCGGAAUCGGUCCAAGGGAGGUUGGCGGGAAGACUGUACCGGGCUUCGGGUACUACGAGACGAUCGCCGGCGGAUCCGGAGCUGGACCGGACUGGGACGGUCAGCACUGCGUGCACUGUCACAUGACCAAUACCGCCAUCGGAGACGUGGAGAUGACUGAACGUGUGUAUCCCGUCGUCAUUCACCGAUUCUCUCGCAGACCGAAUACCGGGGGUAAUGGGCGUCACAAGGGUGGAGACGGUUGUAUCCGAGAUAUCGAGUUUACUGAAGAUCUCGACGUGGCGAUCUUAUCUCAGCGCCGGGUCAUCCCGCCGUACGGCAUGGCAGGAGGAGAACCAGGAACCAUUGGAAUCAACACAUGGCUGAAGGGAACGAAGGAUGGCAAGCAUACGAUUAUUAAUCUUGGUGGGAGUAAUCAAACAAAAAUGAAGAAGGGGGAUCAUAUCAUCAUCAAUACACCUGGUGGAGGGGGCUACGGAGUUCCGGGCACGAUUGACGAGAGGCUUGAUGAUGAGGUGUAUAAGCGAUCUAUCGUUGCUCCUGUCCGCGCAAGUGGAUCACUGGCGGCGUUCAAGGCGGCUCAGAUGAGUGCAGUGUAAUAACAAAGUGGAGGCUGGUGGUGCCACAGCAAGCCGGCAAGCCGGGGAGGGAGUCUGCACCGAGUGCUUGCGCAACCCUAUGAUCACGCAGUCCGAUGGCAAUAGCACUGUGAAGCCCUUGUAGCUGCUUCCAGCGCAUGCAUGCAUGCAUCCUUUCGUACCGAG